GCAGGAAGUAAUUGUUCAGAAAACCACUAUAAAGCUCAUGAGUCAUAAAAUUAGUAGCCCGGAACAAAUGUCCAAUUCCCAUAAAUUUGUUGUUUCAACGCGGAAGAACUAAUCGUAUAAGAAGAAUGUAGUGUGUGUCUGUGUCAAUGCCAUAUGACAGCGUCCUGCCAUAAUGACAGAAGCGAAGCAUUCCAGCGAAAAUCCCAAUAUCAGCGCCGACGACGACUCGUAUGAUGACACGUGUGUUUUCUGUAUGAUCGCAAAUGGUGACUGUCCACACACAAAUAUACUGUUUAUCGAUGAAGACAUUGUUUGUUUCCAGGACAUUUAUCCAGGUGCAGCUCAUCACUACCUGGUUGUUCCAAAAAAGCAUAUUCGCAGUUGUAAAUCACUUGAAGCAGAUGAUAUCAGUCUUGUGAAGAAGAUGGCAGCGGUUGGAAGAAGUAUGUUAAAAUCCAAUAAUGUCACAGAUUUAGAAGAUAUCAGCCUAGGGUUCCAUGUGCCACCAUAUAUCAGCGUCCCCCACCUGCACCUGCAUGUUCUUGCACCUUAUAGUCAACUUAAUGUAGAGACAGAAUACAAGUUUACAGACUUCAGGUACCUCACAGUGGAAGCAUUGCUUCAGGCUCUAGAAAUGAAAAAGGAGGGUAGAAAACUUAAAUGGAUUAACUGCUUGCCCAUGUGUAUAUGAAAAGACUGUAAUCACAAGAAACUUUAGUACAG